AUGCAGUUUGCCAUUGCCCCAAGUCUUUGCUCACUCUUUAAUCAGUCAUUACAUACUGGUACUGUUCCAUCUGAAUGGAAAUCAGCUGAUGUUUCACCAAUUCAUAAGAAAGAUAAGAAAGAACUAGCUAUCAACUACCGUCCAAUUUCACUGCUAUCUAUCAUCAGCAAAGUCUUGGAGCGAUGCGUUUGUAAUCGUUUCUACGAACAUAUCCGAGAUUCGAUUAACGAAGCUCAGCAUGGAUUUCUUCAAGGCCGUUCUUGUACUACACAGCUUCUUUCAACGUUACAUCGUAUUGGAAAAUUGCUUGACAAAAAUACCCAGACGGACAUUCUAUUUCUUGACUUCGCUAAAGCCUUCGACUCAGUGGAUCAUGCCAUUCUCCUAAGAAAGCUGAAAGAUUACGGUAUCUCAGGAAACCUUUACAGAUGGUUCUCUGACUACCUGCAUAACCGUACCCAGCGAGUUGUUGUAGAGGGUGCUGCUUCGUCAUGGUCCCCUGUCACUUCUGGCGUUCCACAGGGAAGCAUCUUGGGUCCAAUGCUUUUCUUACUCUUCAUCAACGAUCUUCCUGAUGUCAUUCCUGAAUCUACAUCAACAGGACUGUAUGCUGAUGAUACCAAAUUAUAUAGAGAAAUCUCAACUCCAGAGGAUUGUUCACAAUUACAAGAAGCUUUAUCGUGUGCGGAUGUUUGGAGUAAGGAUAACAACAUCAACUUUAAUCCCUCAAAAUGUAAAAUAUUGACAUUCUCCCGCCGUAAAACACCUUUUCUUUUCGAAUAUUAUCUGGGAUCAUCCGAAUUGAAGCGUGUGAAUGAUGAAGUUGAUCUGGGAAUCACAGUGACCAGUAACCUUUCAUGGACAACCCAUAUCAACAAAAUAAAAGUCAAGGCGAACAGGUUGAUGGGUUUGCUUAGCAGAACAUGCCCCUUGUUAACAGACCGCAGUAUCCGGCGCACUCUGUAUCUUUCGCUCGUCAAGUCGCAAUUAUGCUAUGCCACAGAGGUUUGGUCUCCCUCCCAAAAUAAUAACAAAUUAUAUCUGGAGCAAGUCCAAAGGCGUGCAACAAGAUGGAUCCUUCAAUCGAAGAAAGGUGACAUGACCUACAAGGAUAGAUUGCUGGCUCUGAAUCUUUUACCACUGGUGUUUGACUUGGAAAUUAAGGAUCUGACAUUUAUGUUUAAAACUUUGCAUAUUUUGUAUGAUUUGGAUGGUUUCAAUUUUGUGUCAUUUGUUAAUCAUAGUCGUACCCGUAAUUGUAAUAAUCCUUCUCUAGUGCUUAAAGUUCCGUCAUGUAAAAGUAGCACUUUUCAGACAUCGUUCUUUAACCGUAUUGUUCCACUCUGGAAUCAUACUUGCAAAAUUGCUUCGCCUAGAGAUCUUCGCAGUUUGGCAACGUUUAAAUCCUUCUUAUCAAGAACAUACUUCAAUUUAUUAAGUAGUAGUUUUGAUGUGGACAUGUGCUGUACGUGGUCUUUAUAUCGUAGCUGUUCAUGCCAUAGAAAUAGUUAAUUCUGAUGUAAAUAUAUACCAGCUCCUCGUGUAAGGGUUUGUUUUAUCCUGAUUCAGUUUUCUAAUUUUUAAUAUGAUUAUACAAAUCUGUAUUAUGUGGUGCAAUAUCUUCCUAAUUUGAAUUAAUUAAUCAGCUGGUAUAUGUUUACCAAUUUAUAAUUUUUUUGUAAAUAAUGAUAUUAGAUGUAAACGAAAUUCAAGAGGGAGAGUGGCUCGCAUCGGGCUUGAGUCCCGUUCGCACUCUUGCCGUUUGAACAUCGUUCAAUAAAGCUGUUAAAACUAAACUAAAACUAAAGGCCGAAAAGUAAACUUCCUUCAUGAAAACCGCCUUGAGAAGUGUCUAGUUUAAAAAUUUAACUCUUACUAUCCAUUUCAUGAGCAUAUUUUGGUUACAUGUUAAAUAUUUUUGUACUUGAUGAGAUUCAAAAUUUGUUGUAUAUUCAUGGUCCGGCUCUAGUGUAAUUUUGGUGAUGACUGGAAAAUAAAUGAAGAUCGAUUUAAAAACUGGCCGUGGUCUCACGAUAAAACUUUCCAAAAAUGUUAUCUGUUUCAUGUAUAUUUAUUUGAUGUCUUAGGUACAAGCGUAAAAAUAGGGGUUCAUACAGUUUACGAGGUUAUAAAGUGCAUGACUUGCCUCUAUUUUUAUAUAAACAUUCGAAAUGUUUCGACAGCAAAGUAGCAAAGAACUUAUUAAAGUAGCAACUGUUUCAGAUCGAAUCACACACGGACAGCACACCAAGGACAAUGGCAGGGUACUGAAAUAGAACGUCACUAAAAAGUUCUGUAUGAUUAAUUUAGAUCAUGUCCAUUUCCAACAUAAAACAGUCAUUUAUUUUGUACCAAACAUUUGGCAAUAUUUACAGAAUUGCGCCUUUUUGUAAACACGCGUUGUAUGUAUUCCACGCAAUUGCGUGGCUCAUUUUGAUCGCGCAUGCUCAGGUAAAUCUCCCACCUGUUAUCUGAAGCUUGAAGUGUGUCCCAUAAUAAUUCCUGACUACCAACUCUCAUCAACUCUCAUCCUCGUUUGACCGCGGCUUUAAUUUAUAGCCUACCCGUACUUUCACGAUUGUAAAAUAUUGUUACAUGCAGCUUUGCUAUACACAGCUAUUUAACUAACCCGAAAAAGCGUUCAGAAAAUAUUGGAGGAAUGGUCGCUCCCUCCCCCAUCAACCCCCCAAUAUAUUAUGUUUUCCAUUGUAUAGGUGAAUUAUUAUUUAAGAAAAUUACAAACAAAGCUUUCUAUUUACCUACCUGCAACAAGUUUGAACGAAUUGUUAGUUAAAAGUGUCCAACGACUUAAACCACUAUCUCCAAGUGUCCCGCGCAAUAUAACUUUGCCGUCCGGUAAUACAACCAAAGGCGUACAAUUUGGAUAGGGCCCUUGACGAACAGUCGACACUUUUAGUGAGCCAAGAUCGAUUUGACAAACUUUCAUAUUUCGGCUGCACGUGUAAAUUAUGUUCCCAUCGCAUGCUAUUUCGGCAAAUGUGGUCAAUGAUGAUGGUAAGGUGACCACCCACUUUCCAUCAUAGUUCUGCCACUUCCAUAUAACAACUCGCUUGUCGUCACAUCCAAUUAUAACUAGCCUCGCGUCCGAACUGAAGCGAACUAAUUCAGCUUUACUAUCAAGCUCAAUACCAGUAAUCUCAUUGCCAUUAAGCAAGUCCCAAACCUUAAAAAAAUUAAGAGGAAACAUUUUGUACGUUAGGUAACACAUGCUCAAAACUAAGUAAACAACUAUAAUUCAAAAUUUGCAUUUUUUAUACGUUUUAAUUGCUUAAAAGUAUGUUUAGCGCAUAAUCAAAAAUAAAAUAAUGCUAAAAUAAAGAAAUUUUAGCUGGUACGCCAAAGAGAAAACGCAGUUUGCAGUUCAGUAAGUUUGCUUAUAUUGGCGUAAAUAUAAAUUCUCUCUAUUGCUUACAUUACUAUUUUGUUUCUUAAUUUAACUGGCCUAUGUAUUUUAAGCUAACUGUGUGCACUAGAAAAUACUUAGAUCUUUAUUAUGUUCGAAGGGAAAGUUCAUGUGGCUAUGCGUUUCCUCACCGAAAACAGCCAGGGCAGUCUUCUCAACAUCACGGUUGAUGUUUUGGAUCAACUCAAAAUGAAGCAUCCAAGUCCUGCUGUAAUUCUUAAGGAAAGCCUGUUAUAUGGUCCAAGAAACCAGUUACCUGAAAUAUACUUCUCCAUCGACGAAAACACCGUUCUUAGAGCAGCUGUGAACACAAGAGGCAGCGCGGGAGGUUCAUGCAUUGAUGCUGAUCAGUUCAGACGCAUUACAUUAUCAAACAACUUUUCCGAAGAAGAGAAACGUCUCAGAGAGGAAAUAUCUAUAUUUGCCCAAAAAUUCACAACGACACCAUUAAAUUUUUCUAUUCUGUAAGCCUACUUCGCCAAAUUGUCUUAUCGCUAUUGAUAAAAAGCCCGGGGUACGGCCAAUUGGUGUUGGCGAAAUUUUACGCCUAACUGCCUGGAAAGGCUCUUUCCUGGAAUCUCAAACAUGACAUCCCAGACGUUUGUUGGCCGAUUCAAGCAUGUGGUGGACACAAUGCUGGCUUUGAAGCUGCUAUACACGCGAUAGCAACCAUCUUCAACGAAGAUUCGACCGAUGGCGUCAUCAGGUUGACGCAACCAAUGCUUUCAACUCAAUGAAUCUCGUUGUGGCUCUGCACAAUGUACAGGUCCCAUGUCCACCUAUUCCUAAGUCCUCAUUAACACCUAUCGCAGUCCUUCUCGCCUCAUCAUCUUAGGCGGUGGUCAAAUCCUUAGACAAGAAGCAACUACCCAAGGAGGCAACUUGGCAAUGGCCUUUUACUCUAUAACAACAACCUGAUAAUAAAUACUUUGCGACUGCAAGCAGAAACGGUCAAACAAGUUUGGCUUGUUGAUGAUGCUGUGGGUGCCGGCGAAUUGCAUAGCCUUCUGGAUUGUAUUAAUAUCCGUAUCAAUAAAGGACGAAAUAUGAAUAUUACGUAAGUUCGGGAAAACCGUAGCUAAUUCUAAAGAAAAAGGAGAAAUUGAGCAAAACCCAAGACAUGUUUAAAAAUCUAAACUUAAAUAUAACAGUGGAGGGAAAAAGACACAUUGGCGCAGCAUUGGGUUCAGAUGCACUUAAAGAAGCAUAAUCUGAAGAAAAAGUCUAAGCCUUCAUAGUGCUUGUAACUUAACGUUUAUGCAAAAUUGCAAACCACAGCCUCAUCCUGCAUAUGUUGCCUAUUUACAUGCACAAAUUUACCUAUUUCUUGAGAACAAUCCCAAACACGUUAGCUCUGUUGCAGCCAAUCGAAGAUAUCAUAACGCAUCAGUUUCAUUCAACCCUAUUCGGAUCGGAAAUUGCCACUGAAGCUCGCCGCCUCUUUUCCCUACCUACUCGUCUCAGGCAUUGAGGUAUUAGUAACCUGGAGCAAGAUGCGGACUUUAGCUAUUACACAAGUAAGUCCAUCUUUGCCCCACUGGCAUCUCUAAUUGUCAGUCAACAACACACUCUGCCAGAUGGUGAAUAUGAGGAUCAACUUAAAAGAGUUUGUAUAGCGCAAGGACUCAAAAGUCAAAUCAAUGAUAAUGUGAUGCACUCAGGUGAAUAAAAUGCUUGUAAUGUUACUCUGAAUGUAUAUCCACACCGAGCAGGCUUGGAAAAUAUGCCUGGCGAUGGUAGGAAUCGAAUAUACGACCUUUGGAAUACUAGCCCAAUGCUCUGCCAACUGAGCUACGCGAUCAAGUCGGUUCGAGUAUGUAAUAUCCAUUCCAUUCUCGUACACAGAGGCCUUCUUACGCGCAGUAAACGGAGCGCGACGAGGGGCUCUGGAAAAUCCAUAUGAAACAAGCAUCUGAUUGGCCACAACAAAGGUUACUGUUCUAAUACCGGAUAUAUUCUAUUACCAGGUUUUUAUGAUGUCUGGUUAUGAAUUCUGUCAGAGCCCCUCGUCGCGCUCCUCGUCGUUGACCGCGCGUAAGAAGGGCUUUGGAGUAGAUAACCCCCCUCCCCAUAUAGCACCGGAAGUAAUUCAAGCGAAUGACAUCAACAGUGGGUGUACGUCCGAGCGUUCGUACUUAGCGUGCGUACCUAGCGCGCGUUCAAGCGUUCGUCCAAGCGUUCGUACUUAGCGUGCGUCCAGUUUAUUAAGCAUUACGUAAUUGGUUAAAUGGGCCCAAACCAAUUGAAUCCUUAGCAUCCCAGAUAGCUGUAUAAAUAUCCAUGAUUUUAACCUGGUUAGAAAAGACCGCUCUGGUCAACGCUGGGGUGGAUUUUGUGCAUUCGUAAAAUCAAAUAUCCCAUUCGUGCCUCUUCCUGACUUAUGUUGUCCAGAUCACGAGAGUCUGUGGCUAAAACUUCGACCCUAUCGACUUCCACGGGAAUAUUCCUGCAUAGUUGUUGGUCUUGUAUACCAUCCACCACAGGCCGAUAAUAACGAACUGUAUGACCACCUCAUAACCUCGUUGGAGAAAAUUUUAGCAUCUUACCCAACAGCAGGUGUAAUUGUUAUGGGUGACUUUAACCAGUUCGACUCCAAACGCCUUUGCAGAAACACGUCACUUAAACAAAUUGUAAAGAAACCUACCCAUGGGAAUGCAACUGUAGAUUUAAUAUUUACUAAUAUGAAACGUUGUUACAAUGACCCUGAAAUACUCCCUGCUAUUGGACAAUCGGAUCACAUGUCAGUCCUGUUACACCCCGUUAGUAACAAUCACCGCCCUAAUACCAUUUCCAAAGUCUGGGUUGGAAAGCGGAAGCAAUCAAAUAUGCAGGCAUUUGGUCGAUUUGUUUUGGAUCUUAACUGGAAUGUACUUUCGCAGCUACCCGAUUGUCAAAAAAUGUGUGACCUGUUUUAUGACAUUAUUCUCAUGGGUUUGGAUACAAUUUUUCCCCAAAAAUCUGUUAAACUUCACUGUAGAGACAAAGCGUGGAUUACCCCUGAAAUCAAACUCCUCAUCUCCCAACGACAAAAGGCCUUUGCCUUGGGAAAUACAAUUGAAUACAACAAAUUGCGAAAUAAAGUAAUUCACGUCGUGAAACAGGCAAAGUCUAAGUACUUCGAGUCUCAAGUGAAUCAUCUAAAAAAUUCAAAGCCAAGGAAAUGGUGGAGUGCUAUUAAAAACCUAGCUGGCUUUUCUUUAAAGCCUGCCUUCCAUUCUGCAGAGGUGAAUGGAACUAUCCUGCAGGGACGAGACUUAGCACUCGCUGUUAAUAACGG